CAGUGGGAGGAGGCGCGAGCGCGUAUCGCCAAGCGGGGAGGUACCGCCUGAUGUCAAAACAUGACAACCUUACACGCUAUAGCCCAUGUCGCCGCCAAGAGCGCUUAGUGUAAAGUAUACCUGAAUUAGCAUUGUAAUAGGUAACUCUAUAAGUCGUAAAAUCGGCAUAUUAUUAUGAUAAGUUUUUAUUACAAAAAUAAAACAACCGUAAAAGGCGCCAACACUUUACUGUCGCCGUGUAGAGGAAGUGACCUCCGCACGCCUUAGUUUUUUUUUUUAGCCGGCUAAAUACUAGCUGGGCUAAACCCCUGCACCGCAUGACAGUCCUAGAUGACAUUGAGUAAACGGACUUGGGCUUUUUAAUCUGCAUAUAAUACCUACCCGGGGACAAUGAGGAAGGACGUCAGGAUAUUACUUGUGGGAGAACCCAAAGUGGGGAAGACUUCCUUGAUCAUGUCAUUGGUGAGCGAGGAAUUCCCAGAUGAGGUUCCACUACGUGCAGAAGAGAUUACCAUUCCUGCUGAUGUCACACCGGAGAGAGUGCCCACUCACAUAGUAGACUACUCAGAGGCAGAACAGUCCGAUGAACAGUUGUUUCAGGAGAUAUCAAAGGCUAAUGUAAUUUGCAUAGUGUAUUCUGUCAACAACAAGAAAUCUAUAGAGAAGGUGACAAGCCAUUGGAUUCCCCUCAUAAAUGACAGGACAGACAAGGAUAGCAGGGUGCCCCUGAUCCUGGUGGGGAACAAGUCAGAUCUGGUGGAGCACAGCAGCAUGGAGACCAUCCUGCCCAUCAUGAACCAGUACAGCGAGAUCGAGACGUGCGUGGAGUGCUCUGCAAAGAACCUGAAGAACAUCUCGGAGCUUUUCUACUAUGCCCAGAAGGCCGUUCUACACCCAACAGGGCCGCUUUACUGUCCAGAGGAGAAGGAGAUUAAGCCGUCUUGUGUCAAAGCCCUAACACGCAUCUUCAAAGUGUCUGAUCUGGACAAUGAUGGCAUCCUCAACGAUAAUGAGCUUAAUUUUUUCCAGAGGACGUGUUUCAACACACCCUUGGCGCCGCAAGCGCUGGAGGACGUGAAGAAUGUGGUGAGGAAGAACAUGGCGGACGGAGUGCGUGAUAAUGGCCUCACGCUGAAAGGCUUCCUGUUUCUUCACACACUCUUUAUCCAGAGGGGCAGACACGAGACGACCUGGACGGUUUUGCGCCGAUUUGGCUACGACGAUGAUCUGGAGCUCACCCAGGACUAUCUAUUCCCCCCGUUAAAAAUACCCCUGGAUUGUACUACUGAGCUCAACCACAAUGCCUACCUUUUCCUCCAGAGUGACAGGGACUGUGCCCUGUCCCCAGAGGAGCUGAAGGACCUUUUCAAAGUCUUCCCCUAUAUGCCGUGGGGGCCAGACGUCAACACGACAGUGUGUACGAACGAGCAGGGCUGGAUCACCUACCAGGGCUACCUGUCGCAGUGGACGCUGACGACGUACCUAGACGUGCAGCGCUGCCUGGAGUACCUGGGUUACUUGGGUUUCUCCAUCAUCUGUGAGCAGGAAUCCCAGGCAGCUGCCAUCACAGUUACGCGCGACAAGAAGAUAGACCUGCAGAAGAAGCAGACGCAACGCAACGUCUUCCACUGCAAUGUCUUCGGCGCCACCGACAGCGGGAAGAGCGGCUUCCUCCAGGCCUUCCUUGGCAGGAACCUCCUGCGGCAGAAGACGAUACGAGAAGAUCACAGGUCCUAUUAUGCCAUUAGCACUACAUACGUCUAUGGACAGGAGAAAUACUUGCUGCUUCAUGAGGUCAUCCCAAACUCGGAGUUCCUCUCGGACGCCGAACUCGCCUGUGAUGUUGUCUGCAUGGUCUAUGACGUCAGCAACCCCAACUCCUUUGAAUACUGCGCUAAGAUCUUCAAGAAGUACUUCAUGGACAGCAGGACGCCGUGCAUGGUCGUCGCAGCCAAGUCGGACCUGCAUGAGGCCAAGCAGUACUACAGCGUGCCGCCGCUGGAGUUCUGCAAGAGGCACAAGAUCCCAUCGCCGCAGGCCUUCACAUGCAACACGGCCGAAGCCCCCAGCAAGGACGUCUUCACCAAACUGACCACCAUGGCUAUGUACCCCCACGCCCGGUUACGCUGCAUGUGCACCUGCAACAGGUGCACCUUUUGCAUCUGUCAGAACCUCCUCAACUCAGAGUUGCUGCAGUCUGUAAAGACCAAACUCUACACUGCUCUACUCAACAGACACGUGACCCAGGCUGACCUGAAGAACUCCAACUUCUGGCUCAGGGCGAGCAUCGGGGCCACUGUAUUUGCAGUGCUGGGCUUCGCCAUGUACAGAGUGCUCCUCAAGCAGCGGUGAUUGGUCACAGGGGGAGCAUGUGACGCUCUUUGGCCACUCCCUUCCUGCCAAUAAGGAAGACCCCUCCCAUCCUAAUCCUAUGACCCCUUUGAUGUAAACGAAUUAGCAGAGAAUAGAUUGUUUUAUAUUUAAAUAAAUAUGCGAGAGAAAUGCAGACUGAGCUGCUGCUUCUGGUUUCUCUGGGAUCUAUUUUCGCCUGAGAUCAUCCCUCCUCGCUGCUUAAAGGACCUGCGAUGACCUAAAGACUCUUCGGCCUCAGACACGCCUCCUGGUUCCUCUUUACUCUUCACACCAGAAUCAAAGGCCAUACAAAUACCUGCACCGCGGAGGAGCGCCCGCUCUGAAAUGCGGACGAUGCUGUAUACCCUGUAAAUAGUGUAUAUUUAUAGAGCAUACUGACAGUGGCCCCCGCAGAUUCACCGCUAAAGAGCAUAGCUGUAGAGUAUGAUAGCUAUUAAUAAGCUACAAUGGGAGAUGCAGCACGUCACAAACACAUUUUUCUGUGUUUGUUUGUGGGUCAAUUUUUAAUUUAUUUGAUUUUUUUUUCUACAUUGCAUGACACUGAUACAGCUCAGUUAUGUUUUUGGUCUUCAGUAUUAAUACUAUUGUUUAAUUAACAUUAUUAUUAUUAUUAUAAUUUACAAGCUUUCUGAUCACAUGUCUUCCACUGGGCCUUGCCUUUCUGUAAAGCCCUGUUCACACAUUAAUGCAGCCCCUGCUGGCCGUCUCUUGUCCAGGCCUCUGCUUGCUGGUGCAGGCCUGCCGCUGCUCCUGUAGCUGGCCAGUGCCCCACUGUCUCCCACUGGGUCUGCCUGACUGCGUCUGUCUGAUGCAUUUCAUCCGUCUGUCUGCAUGCUUCACCGUUUCCUUUGUUUUUUUCCCCCGAUCUAAUUUCUGAUUUGUUUCCGUUCUGACGUUACUGUGUCAAAGACUGACGACUGGCCUCGGGGAGACCUAAUGUACGCCAGUGAACACAUCGCCUUUGCCACCUGGCCGUGUCUGACAUUCACACCAUUUACAAUAAAUAAUUGUAUGGAAA